GGUUUGAAGCAGUGGAACCACCCCAGAACAACACCUACCUUUCACGAAACCCAGAGAGCUCUCUCUACAAAAUCACACUCUAGGGCGGGAAAUACCCUAGGAAGAUCGAGAAUGGCGACCCUUUCGGCGAAUUUGGAGGAUAUUCCUUCUGUGGAUCUCAUGACGGAGCUUCUUCGUCGCAUGAAGUGCUCUACCAAGCCUGACAAACGCCUCAUUCUAAUCGGUCCACCCGGAUCAGGAAAAGGUACCCAAUCACCAAUUAUAAAGGAUGAAUACUGCUUGUGCCACUUGGCUACUGGUGAUAUGUUAAGAGCAGCUGUUGCUGCUAAAACCCCUCUUGGUAUUAAGGCUAAAGAGGCUAUGGAGAAGGGUGAACUUGUUUCUGAUGAUCUGGUUGUUGGCAUUAUAGAUGAAGCAAUUAAGAAGCCUUCAUGUCAGAAAGGCUUCAUUCUUGAUGGAUUUCCGAGGACUGAGGUCCAAGCACAAAAGCUUGAUGAGAUGCUUGAAAAGCAGGGUGUUAAAGUUGAUAAGGUGCUGAACUUUGCAAUUGAUGAUGGGAUCUUGGAAGAGAGAAUUACAGGUCGUUGGAUGCACCCAUCUAGUGGUAGGACUUACCACACAAAAUUUGCACCUCCGAAGGUUCAUGGCAUUGAUGAUGUCACUGGUGAACCUUUGAUUCAGCGUAAAGAUGAUACUGCUGCUGUUCUCAAGUCAAGGCUGGAGGCAUUUCACAGGCAAACGGAACCAGUAAUUGACUAUUACACCAAGAAGGGCAUUGUCGCCAACCUUCAUGCAGAGAAAUCCCCGAAGGAGGUCACGACUGAGGUUCAGAAGGCCCUUUCUUCGUGAAAACGGGUUUUAGCUUUUGUUUAUUUUUUUAUAAAUGGAUUAAUACGCCCUUUUGAACUCUGGGAUUUUUGCUCAUGUUUACACUGAGCUGUCACUGGAUCCUCAGGUCUAUCAGUCGUCUUCCAUUGCUUCUCCCUUAACUGCAAAUUUCGGCUGCUGUUGGUUAUUGUAACUGAGUUAAUUCCAAAUAAAAUUUUACAGAUGAUGCACUUCCUUUUUUGGGUCA